AUGAACGAAGAUUUCCCAAAUUUCAAUUUGAGCCUAGAUGAGUAUUUGAAACCAAAACGGCAGAAGACUGAAGAAACAAGAUUUGCACAACUGAACGAUGAUGACUUGGAUGACCUCGUCGAGGGAGCCCAAGCGAAGUCUACAAAGUGUGCCACAAACUAUGCUGUGUCAGUUUUCAAAGGUAAUUUCUCAGUAAAAAUACUUCUGUGAAAUACAAAUAUUUUGUAAUUAACACAUAAGUUUACAUUCACACCACUCGUUAAAAUGUAACAAAUAAAACUUUCCACUACGCCUAUGCAAAAACAAUACAUCAAUAAAAAAAAAUAAGUCUUAAUUUUUGUUAAUAAAAAUAAAAACUCCUUCAACACCUACGUCGUGUUGAUAUUUUUUGGUCUUUCUUCAUUCAGAAUGGGCUUCAGCACGAGGCAUUGACGAAAAUAUUGGGGGAAAAACCAAAGAGGAGCUGAACAAGAACCUGCGACUCUUUUAUGCCGAAGCUAGGAACAAAGACGGUGGAAAUUACAGCAGGAGUACGUUGCUUGGUUUCGCUUUACCGUAUCUCUCCAAAAAUUUGUUGGGCGGGAAGUUCUUUCCGUAUGUAUAUGCCACUGACCCUGCUUUCCAGCAGUCAAAUCAAAUGCUUGAUGCUAAGCUAAAAAAUAUGAAGCAACAGGGAGAAGAAGGCAUAAAGCACAAAACUUGUAUUGAGAACGAGGAUCUCCGACGUCUGAAAGAGGGCGAUGUUAUGAGCCCCUCGACACCUCAGGGUCUCCUGAACAACGUGUGGUUCCACAUAACCCUUUACUUCUGCUGUCAGGGACGUCAAGAGCAAAGAAAUCUGCAGAAAAGUUGCUUUGUUUUUCUCCAAGACGAAAACGGAAAGCGCUACGUGACAAUGGCGCAUGACGAGGCAAGUAAAAAUCAUCAAGGAGGUUUGAGCGACAACAGCGUAAGCAUUGAAAAGCUUGGCAGAAUGUACCAAACAGAGCAUCCAAAUGACGGAUAUAAUGCCCUUCGUCUUUAUUUGGAGAAGCUACAUCCUGAAUGCAGCGCUUUCUUUCAAUACCCAAAGCGUUCUUGGAAGAGACCAGAAGAAGGAGUGUGGUUUGAGAAUCGAUGCCUUGGGGUGAACAAGCUCGGAGAUAUGAUGAAAAUUCUCAGCAAAGCGGCCAACCUUUCAAAGAUCUACACUAACCACAGUGUAAGGGCAACAGCGAUUACACUGUGGUCAGAUGCUGGCCUGUCUAAUCGUCAUAUAAUGUCAUUAUCUGGCCACAGGAAUGAAAACUCCCUCCGCAGUUACAACACACGUCCUUCUUCCCAGCAGCUCCAGUUUUGCAGCAACGUGCUGUCCACUGCUCUCAAUUCAGCUGAUCAACAUCUGCUCCCUCAGAAAGUAACACAGCAACCAGAUCUUACCUCAGGCAUAGCUACCUGCACCAUUCCAACACAGAAUAUUUACUCUCACCAUGAUGAGAAAGUCAGCUUCGCUGCCAUGUUUUCUGGUUGCCAGAUUGGUCAAGUUCACAUUCAUCGCCACGAUAAGCUUCAGUGA